ACCCAGAUGUAUUAGAGAAUGCUUGUUCAGCAGUCCUAGUAUAUGGCAUUACAGAUGCUGCAGCGACAUAUAUCAAUGGCAUAUAUAGUCGAGGCAGCGACAGGAACAACAGCCCGUCCUAUCUACGUAAUAAUGCUCCACCAAAGCUAAAGUUAUAUAAUGAUGGUGUGUUCGAUGAAAGAUGGAUCAUACAGAAUAUUGAUACACAUCAGGUCGUUGCCAAGAUAUCAGCUACUGACGUAUUACCUAACAGUAUCAUGGGCCAAUCAGAUUGGUUCGUCCGAACGAAUGAUGGAUUUAUAAAGAGUGACGUUAAUAUCGGUUGUAAGGUUGACGGUGGCUGGGGUGCUUUAUCGAACUACGGCACAUGUUCUAAAUCAUGUGGUGGCGGAACCAAAACUGCCACCAAGGAAUGCAAUAACCCUAUACCAUUCGGGGGCGGGCAGGAAUGUCUUUUACCCGAUGGGACUCGCGGAACCAGCUACACGGAAACAGCAGAAUGUAACACAGAGGCCUGUCGGGUGUGCACCAGUGAUGUCGACUGUUCACACGAACCCUUCAAGAAAACGUGCCGCGUCCAACCUAAUAGCGCUGGAAUUAGAGUGUGUGGGGAUCCUCACAUUAGACAGACCAUAAAGAACUCAGAUAGACCACUCUGUUACGAUUUCGUUGGCCAGCCUGGCAAGACGUACCUUUUUAUAAAAGAUAAGGAUUUUGAGAUAACCUCUCGGUUUGUGGACAACAAUGCCACAGACGACGACGGCAAACUUGUUGAAUACAUCAGUUCAGUAAACAUAAAGAAAGGACCAGUUGCUAUGACAUUUGAUCUUAACACAAUCAACAUCGCAAUAGAGGGCAAACAAAUAGAGAAGACAAAAUGGACCAUGGGAAAGAAAGCGUUGCCUGGUGGUAUCUGGAUGACCAUAGACAAAAAGAAAGCGAACGUGUUUCUAGAUGAUGGGAACACUACAGUUAAUAUCAUAAGAAAGGGCGCGUCACGAGGCAAUCCUUUUCUGAAUUUUGGAUUGUCUGAAAAGCAAAGUAGUAGACAAGCUAUCAAAAAAGCAUUUUACAUUGCAGGGGACUUGCGUAAUAAAGUAGUCUAUGCCCCAGGAGCAUCUGGAAAGAAUGGCACCAUUCGUUGGGCCGGCGUCUCCUUCCCCGUGCACGAUGAUGGAACGACCUGUCUUAAACUGGAUCCUUUCUAUGAACUGAAGUUCAACAUCCUGCUUCAAAUCUUCCAAGUUGACUAA